CAGGGUCCGCUCGAUUUAUCUCCUUGCUCCGCCAGCUACCUUUCUAGUUGUUUGAAAGGGCAGUCAUGUUAUCUCCCUUCCACUUUAGCCUCCUCUUUAGAACAAACUCGGAGCUAAUGUUUGAAAACCUGUAGCUUUUUUGCUGCAAGGGAUUAAAUAGUGAGGGAACGUUUGGGGACGUAGGGUCCAAUUGAGGGGAGCGAAGCAGCACAUUUAUUACACCAAAAUGGCAACCCCCUAUGUCACAGAUGAAUCUGGAAAAUACAUUGCUGCUACCCAGCGUCCCGAUGGAACAUGGAGGAAGCCAAGACGGGUCAAAGAGGGUUACGUUCCCCAGGAGGAGGUCCCCGUGUAUGAAAACAAGUAUGUCAAGUUUUUUAAGAGCAAACCAGACCUGCCUCCAGGACUCAGUUCCUCUGAAGCGGCUCAGCAGCAGCAGAAGACGACUCCCGCCAGUGCGGAAAGCGAAGCAGCAGGUCUGUCCAAGUCUGCCAAACGCAACAUGAAGCGCAAAGAAAAGCGAAAACAGCAGCACCAGGACCAGGAUGGGGAGGCGGAAGUGGAAGCUGUGAGCAACGCUGUGGAAAAUGUCUCCAUUUCGGAGAGAGAUGAGCCGUCAAGCAAAGCAGAGCCAGCAGUCCCUGUGCCGUCUCUCCAUGACUCCCCAGAAACAGCAGCUGAGAGGGUCAAGAAGAUUAAAAACCUGAAAAAAAAGCUGCGACAAGUUGAGGAGUUGCAGCAAAAAGUGGACUCUGGAGAAAUAAAGCAGCCAACAAAGGAUCAGCUGGAAAAGCUGGGCCGGGCGGAGGCAUUACGAGAGGAGCUCGAGCAGCUGGAGUGUGACUCUUAAAGCAGUACAGGACGAGAGACGAGUCAGGCCGAGCAGAAAGACUUCAAACCGGAGAAGGACCUUUGCUUGACACCUAACAUGCCUCUACACCUCUCAGCACUCAUGAAGACUGGACGCAAACAUCUUAGAACAUCUGCGUGAAGUUUCACAUCUGCACAGUACAAAAAAAAAAUACUUUGUUUUUUUUAAGACACCCGAGAAGUAUUGUGAUCUCUGCAGCUGCAGCAGCCAGGCCCAUCUUUUAUAAAUGCAUUUUAAAUUGUAAUUAGUUUUGUGCUCGUUUGUUCUUCCUAUUUUUUACCUAUCGUGUAAAAUAGACUCACAAAGUAAAAAAAUAAAGACAAAUUCUGUUUCAGCGAAAAUGGCUUAUUUUACCCAUCUGUAUUUAGAAAUGUCUAUUUUUAUUAACCAUGACACACCCUACUUCAUGUGUUUCUAGUUCUUCCUAAUAAAACCUACUCCACCAUAAA